UUGUGUGGUGACUAUAUUGGUGAUAGUGUCGGCCUCUUCGGCCGAGAACCUGCGACGGAAGAUUCGGACGCGAGCAGCGCGGGCUGCGGGCCCGCGAUGAGCGCGAACAACUGCGACAGCAUGACAUAUUUCUCUAACGCCUACAUGCCAGAUAUGAGGAACGGCAGUGGUCAUGAGCAUCAGCAGGCGCACGCGCACUAUGGUGCGGUGCCGCAGCAAGGGCACGAAAUGGACGGUUGCGAUCAGCAGCUCAGGCCGGCGCAACACCAUUACCCCGCGCAACCAGCGCCGGGAAUGCCUUACCCAAGGUUUCCGCCAUACGAUCGGUUGGGGUAUUACCAGCAAAUGGAGCAAAAUGGGUACCGGCCCGACAGCCCCUCCCAGAUGGGACACAUGGGCCCAAAGUCGGAUGGGUACGGCCCAAAUGGACAUCAACCGCCGACACCGGCAGUUUACACGUCCUGCAAAUUACAAGCGGCGGCAGCGACGGCGGGGGGAGUUCCGGGAAGCCCACCACUGGAGCAAGCGCAACAGAUGCCCCACCACAUGCACCCGCAGCAACACAUGGUGCAGCACGGGGUGCCGCCGCAUCAGCAGCACCUUAUGUACCCAGUGGACGAUAUGCAGCAUCAGACUCAGAUGCCAACCAUGCACCAGCAGUCCAUGCACGCGCAGCAGGCGCCCCCGCAGCAACCUCCCCCGAACACCAACGCCUCGCUGCCCAGUCCACUAUAUCCUUGGAUGCGGAGUCAAUUCGAACGGAAGCGGGGAAGGCAGACAUACACCCGGUACCAGACCCUCGAGCUGGAGAAGGAAUUCCAUUUUAACCGGUACCUGACGCGAAGGAGAAGGAUCGAGAUCGCACACGCGCUCUGCCUCACCGAGCGCCAGAUCAAGAUCUGGUUCCAGAAUCGACGCAUGAAAUGGAAGAAAGAGAACAAAACCAAAGGCGAGCCAGGCUCAGGAGACGAGCCGGACAACAUGAGUCCGCCAACAUCGCCACAGUAA